AUGAGAGAAAUCGUUCAUAUGCAAACUGGCCAAUGUGGCAACCAGAUCGGAGCUAAGUUCUGGGAAGUAAUAUCUGAUGAACAUGGUAUUGACCCAACUGGAACUUACCACGGCGAUUCUGAUCUCCAGUUAGAGAGAAUCAACGUUUAUUAUAAUGAAGCUACCGGUCAAAGUGGUGCUGGUAACAACUGGGCUAAAGGUCAUUAUACCGAGGGAGCUGAAUUGGUCGACUCUGUUCUAGAUGUGGUUCGUAAAGAAGCUGAAAGCUGUGAUUGUCUACAGGGAUUCCAGCUGACCCAUUCCCUGGGAGGUGGAACUGGUUCUGGUAUGGGAACUCUACUCAUUAGUAAAAUCCGCGAAGAAUACCCAGAUAGAAUCAUGAACACGUUCUCUGUCUGUCCUUCACCUAAGGUAUCAGAUACAGUUGUUGAACCAUACAACGCUACACUCUCCGUUCAUCAACUAGUAGAAAAUACAGACGAGACCUACUGUAUUGAUAACGAGGCUCUCUAUGAUAUCUGCUUCAGAACAUUGAAGCUGACCACACCCACUUACGGUGAUCUGAACCAUCUGGUGUCAGCUACUAUGUCUGGAGUGACCACAUGUCUACGAUUCCCUGGUCAACUGAAUGCCGAUCUCCGUAAACUGGCUGUCAAUAUGGUACCAUUCCCACGUCUACAUUUCUUUAUGCCAGGUUUUGCUCCACUCACUUCUCGUGGUUCACAGCAGUACCGAGCUCUGACUGUACCAGAACUCACCCAGCAAAUGUUUGAUGCCAAGAACAUGAUGGCUGCCUGUGAUCCUCGCCAUGGACGUUACCUAACAGUAGCCACCAUGUUCAGAGGUCGUAUGUCCAUGAAGGAGGUCGAUGAACAGAUGUUGAACGUUCAAAAUAAAAACAGUAGUUACUUUGUGGAAUGGAUUCCCAACAAUGUCAAAACAGCUGUCUGUGAUAUUCCACCAAGAGGUCUGAAGAUGUCAGGAACAUUUAUUGGUAAUAGUACAGCCAUUCAGGAAUUGUUUAAGAGAAUAUCUGAACAAUUUACAGCCAUGUUCAGAAGAAAAGCUUUCCUCCAUUGGUACACUGGUGAAGGUAUGGAUGAGAUGGAAUUUACAGAAGCCGAAUCUAACAUGAAUGAUCUGGUAUCUGAAUAUCAACAAUACCAGGAUGCUACAGCUGAAGAGGAAGGAGAAUUUGAUGAAGAAGAAGGUGAAGGAGACGAAGCGUAA